AUGUCAACUUCAACCUACAGUAAUUUGGAAAAUUGUAAUAAUUCACUACGAGAAUCAAUUCAACUACUCAAAAAUUCAACUGAAAUAUUGAAAGAAACAACAAGUGAUAGUCUAAGAUUAAAACAAGUCUUAACAUCAACAAGAACUUAUGGAUUAGUACCAAAAUUAGAUGUUGAUGAUGCCAAAGAAAAUUAUAGAAAUACUAUGACUCCACAAAUUAUGAAACAAUAUGUCAAAACUCAAAAUGAAGUUAAUAAAUUAGAACAUAAAAGAAAUGAACUAUCAAUAAAAUUAUUAAAUUUGAGAGAUAAAUUAAAAAAUUUACAACAAUUUAAAGGUCAAGAAUUGAAUUUUGAAAACUUGCUAAGAGAUCCAAGGUAUGAUCAAAAUAAAGUUAGAAAAUUGAGGGAUUUGAGAGCUCAGAAGCUAAGACUAAGAUAUAAUUUAAGUCUAAAACACUCUUAG